AAAACGCCGUGUUCAACCAGCAGUUGUCAUCAGUUUCGUUUGCCCGCAAAUCCAAACAACCAAAUCCAACAAGAUGUUCAAGUUCCUCGCCGUCGCCCUCUUCGCCCUGAUUGCCUGUGUGGCCGCCAAGCCCGGACUCGUGGCUCCUCUGGCCUACUCCGCUCCUUUGGUGGCUGCUGCUCCGGCGGCUGCGGUCUACAGCCGGGAGUACCACGGAAACUUCGCGGCUCCCUACGUGGCGUCUCCCUACGUGGCUUCUCCCUACGUGGCCUCUCCCUACGUGGCGUCUCCCUAUGUGGCUUCUCCUUACGUUGCUGCUCCCUACACCGCUCCUCUGCUGCUCAAGAAGUAGGAUGGAUGAUCCGGGACUUGGCGAUAUCAAUGGGACAACUCAAAGCGAAAUAAACAAAAGAAUAAAAUGAAAAUGGAAACGCA